AUGCCCCCCUCUUUCCAAAACAAAACUAUCCUCAUCACCGGCGCCGGAAGCGGCAUCGGUCGAGCCACAGCCAUUAAAUUAGCUUCUCUAGGAGCCUCUCUCUAUCUAUCCGACAUAAACCUCGACUCCGUCUCCAAAACCCGAGAACUAUGUCCGCAUGUAGAAUCAACCUCCAAACAGGAUUUCCACAUCCACACUCUAGAUGUCAGUGAUUCCCAAGCAUGCAAUACAUAUAUCCUCGAUCUCGUCUGCGAACACAAUACUAUCGAUCACGUGUUUAAUUGCGCGGGGAUUAAUCCGACCGCGAUACCCAUCGAGGAUAUCACGGAUGAGUAUUGGGAUCGUCUUAUGAAUGUUAAUCUGAAAGGUACAUUUAACAUUACCCGUGCUGCUGCGCCGCAUCUCACCUCGGGAUCUUCAUUCGUGAAUGUAUCGUCGGUUUGCGGUAUGGUUCCCGUAUCGCAGUUUUCGGUCUACUGCGCAACGAAGUACGCGGUGGUGGGAUUUUCGAAAUGUAUGGCGUUGGAGUUGGGGGCGAGGGGGAUUAGAACGAAUGUCGUGGCGCCGGGGUAUAUAGAUACCCCGACGAAUGUGUCGGUACUAGGGGAGAAGAGGAGGUGA